UCCGGUCACGUGGAAGGCUGUGGGCACGCGCCAGCGCCUGUACAAAACAGUGGUAGUGUUGCAAACGCAACGUUUAGGAACUCAUGAGCAACCUGUGCACAUGCUUAGGCGCGCGGACAACAUGCGCAUGCUCAGACUCUAGACUGGCCACGGGUGGCCGGGUGCCCGUGCUCAGGCUCUGAGCGCACUUUGGGUUACGCGGAUUUGGGCGUCCCGGUAUUCGUCUGCGCAUGCUCAAGGUUCAGGCGGAGCGCCGGGCUGCAGUGCGCGGAGGGCCGCUCCCGGGACUCAUUGAUGCGCAUGCGCAGGGCUUCAGCGUGCACGUACUCGGAUUGUGCAGCGACUCCCCGUGGCGGUUGAGGGGCAGUGGUGGCGGCGGAAGCCCAAGUCGAUGCUGAUGUUGAUGCUGGUGGCGGCUGUGACCAUGUGGCUCCGACCGCUGGUCACAGCUCAGCUCUGUCGUUCUCGCACGGUGAGGACAGGAAAAGUGUUUAAUGUCAUACAGGACGUUCAAGGGGACCGCCUGUAUUUUCAACCUACAACAACACGCUUGAUUAAACAUCCUUGCGAGAAAAAUAUAGCACUAUAUCUAGGGAAACAAGUUUUUUUCACAAUGGAUAACUUUGAGACUAGUCUCCUUCCAUUUACCAUCCCUACAUCAAUGCAGGUCGGCGUACCAGAAGUGACAUCAGCACAUUUUGCUGGUUCAUUAUUGCUGUUAGUAGUGGAUCAAAAAGUCUAUAUUUAUGAUUAUGAAAAUAAUUCUUGGAGCAUGUCUUUAGGUAUAAAACACCCUGUUACACAUGUCUCUGGUGAUAAUUGUUGUUAUACUGGAAGUUUGUUUUGUGUGCAUGUCAGUAAUUUGGUUUUUGCAUAUUUCCGUGGAGAUCAGAUAUCCCAGACUUAUAUAUAUUAUUCAAAUACUGGGGGAUUCAGUUUUUGGAAGUAUCACUAUGACAGACAGGCAGAAAUCGUUGGGUCUUUAGGCGGAAUCUUCCACUUUUUUUCUUUGUCACAGGUUGCGAUGCUUGUAGUGAAUCAAGGGAAGGGCAUGUUCAAGUACUCAGACCACCCCCUCAACCGGAGUUUUGGGCUGUCUUUUGACUAUAAUGGGACUCUCGACAUCCUCAUCGCCCCCGGCCAGAGAGGCAUCCUGCUCCUAUGGUUUGAGAACAGCCUGUUGUUUUCCCAUAAUGCAGGUCAGCUCGUCGACACCGUCCGGGUGAAAAAAGGAGACCAGACCUUGUUUUGUUCCAUUUUUGAAGCCAAGAUCACCAUCCACAGCAUUGCUGUCACUGAAAAUGAACUGGCAGUUAUAACUCGGGAGGAUAAUUUGUAUUAUGGCAAUCUGGGCAUCGUGCCAAGUUCCAUAAUCAAAUUUGCAGACCAAUACCUCUGGUCAGAAGAGGUGGCCCUGAUGUUCAGGAGCCCAGGGACUCUGGAAAUACUGACCCCAGUGCGUGACACAGCCUUUCCAGCUUUUGAUUUCCAGAAGUGCCUCGUGAAUAUCCAGGCGCUUCUCAUGGACCCUGAACUCCACGUUGGGAAGUGCAAGAUAGAGUUUCUGACAGGAGAAUUUAUAUACAGGAUGUAUACCAUUGACAUGCACAGCCAGCUGGAAUUGACUGCUUCAUUGAUACCCCAGCCAGGCACAUCCCUGAUUCCUCUGGUGAUGGUGAGCAACCCCCACUCCCUGGGGUUCCAGGCCACCUUCUACGAGAACGGUUACACAUCAGAUGGGAACACCAAGUACAAACUGGAUAUUUUCCUAAAACAGCAGCAGCACUGGGGCAGGACCGACUCCAACUUCACAUCCAGUUUAAAGAGAGCCACCAUGUCUACCUUAACUGUGGACAUAGCAAACAAGGAAAUUUCAUGUGUGGAUAUCAAGCCACUGUCGACACUGAUUUCAGUUGGCUGCGACCUGGAUAAAAAGAUCGUCAUCCAGAACAAAGUUUCUGCCUGUUCCAUGGGCAUCCUGGACCCCUUGACCCUGCAAGACAAUUACAGCUUCAUCAUCGAGAAGGAAUUCUACGACCCCGGCUUCCAGGGGCAGCAGUCCUCCGAGGACCUGCAUGUGUUUUACUCCUACCAGCAGCUGGGCUGUCCUCUCCUCGUCUACUAUGACACCCUAUGGAAGCCCGUGGUGGAGCUGUGGCGAAAAGACAGUUUCCAGGAGGUCAUCGACGCCGAGUAUGUGUUACUGGAGGUGAACGGGCAGUUCUCAUACUCCUAUUCCCUGACGGCGCAGUCGGCCAUGUGCACCUCCCAGCCGCAGAACUGGACCACCAUGAUAAAGGAAUUCGGGGGGCCCUUCUUCUGGAACAGAGAGAGGCAGGGCUUCAGUAUGUUACACAGGCUGGCUUUGAACUCCUGGGCUGAAGCGAUCCUCCCAUGGAUUAUAGAACUAUGUGAGCUGCCACGACCCCAACAACAAUGCCCCUUUGAGGUGGCCAGACGUCCAGUAUCAGAUCUUGGGCGGCCGGACAGCAAACCAGAUCAUUUUCGGCCACAAUGGCUUUUAUGUCUUCUACAUUUCGAUCGUGGAUCCGUACUACAGCUACUGUCAACUGGAGACCAUCUUUAGCAUCUACGUGUAUGGAGCAUUCCCCGUGCAGCUAGUCUCUGCCGGAGUCGUCAUCCUACUGAUCAUCUCCAGCAUCCUGGGGUCCGUUUGGCUGGCCUACAAGACCCCCAAGCUGCUACGCACAGCACGCGGCCGCAGGAUCAAGAAGUGUGCGACACAGCUGUGUAGGAGAUGCAAGACGGUCUGCCAGUUCAGGGCCUCAGCCACAGCCACGGCAGGCACAGAGCCCCCGGGAUGCCACCGCACUCCUCACGGAGGCAGGUCUGACCACUGAGGCCGGUCCACAAGGUCCCAACCCCUUGUCUUCAAAUAAAGUAUAAUGUCACAUAGCA